AUAGGCUAAACACUGCCCCUUCAAAUCUUCAACCUUUCUCCUUCGAUUUCAUUAGUAGUAUUAAAUACCAUGCUUAUUGCAAUUCACUCCACAUUUCAGAACAUUACCAAAUUUACUUAAAAACCUUCAUUAAUCCCUUAUUCUUUAAUCUCGUCUUCCAAGUUCCAACACUCGAAAUGGCAAAAUUGUCGACAUUCUCUUCUCCAAUCCUCAAAAAACCUUCUAUAUGCUUCCUGAAAGCCUCCAAUUCCUUCAGUUUCAGUUCUGCUUCUUUAUCAUUUUAUAGUCACAUUAGCUUUGGGAAAUCAUCGACUGUAUUGAAUAAAAAAUGGAUUAAUAUUAGUUGCUCUAAUUCAUCUUCGUUGAAGAAUUGCAGUAAUUCCAAUGUUAAUUGUUAUGGUAAAUCUGCCGAUAUAUGGUCAGAUUCUAAGUUUGUUGAAGUUAUUGGUAUCGGCAAUAGAGUUGAUUCUGUUCUUGAUUUCUGCCUUAGUUCAUCAAGCUCACAUUCACUUAGAUUUUGGAACGUUACCAGAAAAGAAUCACUCCAAGGACAGUUAUGUCAAAGGAUUCUUGAAAAAGAGAAAUCUCCAAAUAUUGUCGACGUGCCUGUAAAUCAACAACUACAUUCUAAGGCUAUUGUUCUUGUGGCAAGUGCUGGCUAUGGGGAUGAUUAUGUCAUGGCCAUUGAUAUCCUUAGAAUGAUUAGAUCUAGCGGUGGAUUGGCUGUUGCUGUUGUAGUCAAACCUUUUAGUUUUGAAGGCCAAAGACGCCAAGAUGAGGUCAAACUUUUGAUUGACAAACUCCAAAAUAGUGUGAACUUUUGUAUAGAUAUAGAUAUUGACACCUUGCUGAAGAUGGAUUUAGUCACUCUAGAUGAAGCUUUGAAGACUGCUUAUCAAGCUGUUUUGUCAGCCAUUAAUGCUGUUUCCAUUCUUGUUUCCGAUACAUACAAAAAACACAUGCAUUCUCUGCAUGAUAGUCUGACACAAAUUGCGGUUGGUGAAAUUGUAAAAGUCUUGGAGAGUUACAAGGAAGGAAGAGUUGGAUUUGGUACUGGCCAUAAUGUCAAGGCAUCCAUUGUACAAGCUGUCUAUGACUGUCCUUUUCUCUCCAUCGGACUUAAGGACCAUGAUGGAGUAGUUAUAUGUAUUCUUUCAAGUUCCUCAGCGAUUGGAGAUACUGAUGUAUGUACUCUUCUGCGUACUUUUCGUGAAGUAACAGAGUACAAUAAAGAAGUCAUACUUUCUAUUGUUCGUAAUCCUAAUAUGAAGCCUAACAUGAUAGGAACGACCGUGAUAACAGUAGGUGUUUCUGAAAAAAAGCCCCUUCAGAAAAGCAACAUUCUUUCUCGGUUGGCGGACAGCAUCCCAUUUGUUUUCAACUUUUUGCGGAGGCAAGAUACGCAAUCAGGAAAACCAGAGGAAAAUAACUUAAGAGAAAACAUUUUUCCUUCCACGCUGGCGAACUUCAUGAAUGAGGUGCUUGUAGAUGAAAAUUAUGGGGAAAAGGAUUCUGAUGAUGGAGAAACAAAUAAGGUUGAUUAUCAAGAUAAUGAUGGUUAUGCGUCCAAAUGUAUAGAACAAAAUAUACAAGCAGUCCAAACUAUUGCAAGGAAGCUAUCUAUCAAUCGGAACCUCAGCCGAGGACAUCCUCAAGAAUGGCACGAGGAAGAGAUAAAUGUUUCUGGAGCUGAUCCUAUGGCUGAUAAUCCACGAACAAUUCUGCUUCCAGUUGGUGUGAGAUUUUCUGAUGACUUACAAAGAACUCGUGAUGAAUCAAAUUUAAGUCCUGCAGAAAAAAUUGACAAUGAAGAUGUUAAAAUGCAAGCAUCAGCUCUUCUGGGUGUUCCAUCUCCGAAUGGGACUACAAAUGGGUUUUGGAAUAGCGCAUCAGUGUUAUUGAAAAGAAAACAACUUAUUGCGUCUAAGAAGCAUGGAGGUCUUUCUGCUCGUGCAGCAUCUAUGCUGGAAUCAGAAAGGGAUACUAACACAAGAUGGAGUCCUGUGAUGGAGAUUCGCUAUAGAGGAGGAGUCUAUAAGGGCCGUUGCCAAGGUGGUCUGCCUGAAGGCAGGGGUCGCCUUACCUUUUUGGAUGGUACCGUCUAUGAUGGAAUGUGGCGAUAUGGUAAAAGAUCGGGAAUCGGAAGCCUGUUCUUUAGUAACGGAGAUGUUUUUCACGGAUCUUGGAGGGAUGAUCUUAUGCACGGAAAGGGCUGGCUUUAUUUCCAUACUGGAGAACGAUGGUUUGCCAAUUUUUGGAAGGGGAGAGCAAAUGGGGAAGGAAGAUUCUACUCGAAGUCUGGAGAGGUCUUUUUUGGAUAUUUUCAAGAUGGUUGGCGACAUGGUCAGUUUCUUCAUGUCAAAGUUGAUGGCACAAGGUUUGUCGAGACGUGGGAAGAAGGUAUCCUGGUGAGUUCUGAGGAGGUAAACACAUAGCGUAGUCUAGUAAAUGUAGAAGAGAAGUUUUAUCAUACUUUCUCAAUUCUCCUCUUUUGUUUUCUCCUGCCUAUGCUUAUUAUUAUAACUAUCGAGCUGUGUUCAUAAAGUGUAAGCUAAUGUUUCUGUCUAUGAUAAUCCAUUGUUAAUAGAUUAAACUGGGUUUGAGUAGCAUAAGAUAUGUUGUAUGUAUAAAGUCAUAGGGGGACAUGUAAGAUUGUGUAGACUCUAAAGAGAUUGUUAUUAACUAUAAGCUCUAUAGGAUUUUAAUGUAUAAAGUGUGUCUUUUAUGUUUAUGUCAAAUUUUGGAUGCCUAUAUUUUAUAUGAUAAAUGCCUACAAUACCAACAUUCAGUGUAACAAUUACUUAUAAUAAAACCUACUUUGAAUGCAAAUUUACAUUUUAUUUGUGAACAACUAUACUUUAUAUGAUAAAUACUUACAGUUUCUAUAAUAAAGACCUACAUUUUAUAUUACAAUGACCUACAAUGUAUAAUAUAAACAACUCUUGUCAGUUUAAUAAAUUAAACAAACCAAAUUAUAGCAAAUAAAGCUAUUCGAUAAUAAAGAACACACAUCUUUUGCCUUUGACCUUAGAUCCUUGUCUAAAGGCCAUUUAUCUUCUAAAGAAUGCUUGAUGAAUUAUACCUCAACAUCCUCAGCCACUGUUUUUCCAACAUCAACUUCCUCUGCCACUGUUUUAUCAACAACAUCAACUUCCUCUAUAUCGAUGUCAACUCCGAAUCCACUACUCUAAUCUUCAUAUUGAUGGGUAAUUGGAAACCCAUCCAAUACACAAACUCUCUCACCAAACCCCCUACUUUUGUCAAUUUAAAAUUUUGAUUUCAAUUGACCCUCUGAAAUGUUUUUAACCAGAGCUAGUGACUUUAAAUAAGG